AUGGAGACUGUGGUGGCUGUGUUUUUACCUCCGCCGAACCAGGAGGAGAUGGACGAGCUACGGACGCAGAGCGUGGGGCGCGCUGCUAUGACUUCGAGUCAUUUCAACCAGAUGACUUACGAACAGCUGGCCCAGUUUCAUGCGCAACAAAGUGCCAUGGCGCAACGCCAGGAAGAAGAAUCGGCCAGACAGCCAGCCAUGGCAGCGGCGGUGGAGAAGAAUCGCCAGGAACAAGAAGAGUCGCGAUCGGUUCUCGCACGACAAUAA